UGCUUUUGGUUUGUAUAUUUAUGGAUUUAUGUAGCUGUGGAAAACCUCUGCGCAAUGAAGAUGAAAUGAGCAUGCAUGCGGCUAGAACUAAACACACCAACUUUGCUGCUUGUGAACACAAGGUGAAGCCAUUGGAUGAGGCAACCAAGAAGGAACAACUUCAAAGGGUGCAGGAUUUGCUGGCACAGAAGAGACUUGAGAAUGAAGAGAGAGAUCGGAAAGAACAGAUCCUGAAAGAGAAAAAGAGACGAUCUGAAGGGAAAGAAAUAUCGAAGUUACGCGAAUACAAAGAAGAUUUUGAUAGGAAAAAACUUAUGGAAGACUUAAAGAGAGACAGAUUACAGAAAAAAUUGGCACGGGAUCAAGUUUUAGACAAUAUUAGGAAAGAUCGUGAAGCAAUGCAAGAGAAUGACAAAAGGAGGCAAGGAGGAUCUCUUUCUGCUAAUUCUACUGCAACAGUUAAACUUGAGUCCCCUACUGAACACACCCAAAAUGUUGCUGAUAGAGAUUAUUCUGAAUGUAAACUGCUGAUUCGAUUACCAACAGGUGAAAGCUUGAAGAAAGAAUUCAAAGCUAAAGAAUCAUUGGCUGCUGUUAGGGUUUAUGUGAUGACCAAGUGGUCCAAAGACGAUAACUCUGUUCCCAAGUUGUCCACAGCUUUCCCCCGCAAAGUUUACACAAAUGAUGAUAUGGCUAUGUCACUUCUUCAACUUGGCUUGGUUCCAUCAGCUGUCAUCAAUGUUUCUUGAAUCAAGUGAAAAUAUAGCAAUUAAAGAAGCCAGACAACUCACUAAAACAAUGCUUAGGGUUUCACAGCAACAAAAUAUCUUUUCAGAGCAAAACAGAAAACAAAACUUGUUCUACAUACAA